GCCGUCGGCUGGGGAGGCGAGGGAGGCAACGGCUCGAUUUAUUUUGGGGGCCAGACCUCCAGGCUCGCCCCCACCUCCUCCUCCCCCGGGUGCGGGAGAAGGGAGAGCGCGGAGCCGAAGCGGGAAGCCGAGCGGCCCCCUCGGAAGCGAGGAGGGAGGGCGGCAGGCCCCCCAACCACCCCCCCCCCCCAGCUGAGCGGCCGGCGCGGCGGGGGGCCGCCCGCGCUCAUCGCCACACCAACGGAGGACUCCCCACGGGCAGCAUGGCAUGAACCCAGCGCCGGCACGUGAGAGCGAGAGGGGAAGGAUGUCGAACCAGAGCGCCGGAGACCCCAAGCCUCCAUGCCUGCCCCGGAACGGCCUCCUGAAGCUCCCCAGCCCGCAGCCCAACGGCCUGGGCUCGGCCAGCAUCACCAAGGGGACGCCCGCCGUGAAGAACCGGCUCUGCCAGCUGCCCGCCGUCCACCGCCCGCCGCCAGCGCCGGGCCCGGCGUCCCCUCCGGCGGCGGGUGACCCUCGGCCCUCCGCCCCGGCCCCGGGGGGACCGUCCCCCGGCGGGGCGCCGGCCGAGCAUCCUCCCCUGGCCAUGGACGAGAAGGUCCUCGACGGCCUCUUCUGCUACUUCUCCGCCUGCGAGAAGUGCGUCCUGGCCCAGGUGUGCCGGGCCUGGCGUCGCGUCCUCUACCAGCCCAAGUUCUGGGCGGGCCUCACCCCGGUGCUGCACGCCAAGGAGCUGUACAGCCCGCUGCCCGGCGGCGACAAGGAGUUCGUGGACCUGCGGGGCUUCGCCGCCCGGGGCUUCGACAGCUUCUGCCUCGUGGGCGUCUCCGACCUGGACAUCUGCGAGUUCAUCGACAACUACGCGCCGUCCAAGAAGGGGGUCAAGUCCAUGAGCCUCAAGCGCUCCACCAUCACCGACGCGGGGCUGGAGGUGAUGCUGGAGCAGAUGCAGGGCGUGGUGAGGCUGGAGCUGUCGGGCUGCAACGACUUCACCGAGGCGGGGCUGUGGUCCAGCCUGAACGCCCGCAUCACCUCCCUGAACGUGAGCGACUGCAUCAACGUGGCGGACGACGCCAUCGCCGCCAUCUCGCAGCUGCUGCCCAACCUGGCGGAGCUGAGCCUGCAGGCCUACCACGUCACCGACACGGCCCUGGCCUACUUCACGGCCAAGCAGGGCCACACCACGCACACCCUGCGGCUGCACUCCUGCUGGGAGAUCACCAACCACGGCGUGGUGAACAUCGUGCACAGCCUGCCCAACCUGGGCGUCCUCAGCCUGUCCGGCUGCUCCAAGGUCACCGACGACGGCGUGGAGCUGGUGGCCGAGAACCUGCACCAGCUCCGCAGCCUGGACCUGUCCUGGUGCCCGCGGGUCACCGACACGGCCCUGGAGUACAUCGCCUGCGACCUGCACAAGCUGGAGGAGUUGGUUUUGGAUAGGUGCGUGCGCGUCACGGACACCGGGCUCAGCUACCUAUCCACCAUGUCCUCCCUCCGAAGCCUCUACUUGCGCUGGUGCUGCCAGGUGCAGGACUUUGGGCUGAAACAUCUCCUGGCCAUGCGCAGCUUGCGACUUCUGUCUCUGGCAGGAUGCCCCCUGCUCACCACGACGGGGCUGUCGGGCCUGGUGCAGCUGCAGGGCCUGGAGGAGCUGGAGCUGACCAACUGCCCCGGGGCCACCCCGGAGCUCUCCAAGUAUUUCUCCCAGCACCUGCCCCGCUGCCUGGUCAUCGAGUAGCCAUCGCCGCCGGCCUGCGCCUCCCCAUCCCUCCUUCGGGACCCGCUGGACGUGGCCAGGCCUUCCCCUCCGCGCCGCUUCGCCUUCCCUCAACCCGCUCCCGCCUUGGAUCCGCCAACCGACGCAGGCCACCCGGGGCCGGCCGGUGGCCCGC